AAUUAGCCGACCUACUUGGUGAGAAGCGAGAGAAUGUCCACCGUCGAAUGUCAGAGCAUGGGAAAAGAGUCUCUGACAUGAAUAAUUCCACUGACAUCGCAACGUUGGAUGCUGGAUGAUUACAGGGAUCCCAGGAUCUCAUCCAAAUUCUGGGUUCAAAAUAUGCAAGGACAUCUCCGGUUCUGACAUACAAAGGUUCAACCGAUGGCGCCAUAUCGGAGCCUGGCACUCCUGCUGGUGAUGUCUGCCACGUGUUGGGGAGGGAAAAUUCUGGUCUACCCCUUUGAUGGCAGCCACUGGCUGAACAUGAACCUUUUACUGGAGGCGCUUCACGCUCAAGGCCACCAAAUCACAGUGCUGAGAACCUCCACCAGCUGGUACGUAUCGGAGAAGUCGCCCUACUACAGCUCCAUCACCAUCGUGCAGGAAGAGUCUACCAAUGUCGAGAACCAGAACUACAUGACCGCCUUCUUGGAGAGGUCCAUCCAGAUCCAGAGACACAGGGGCUCGCUGUGGGCCUUCGUGGAGUUCUACAGGAACAUCUAUAGUUUGAUUAGAGAGAGCCAGGUUUCCGUGGCCAAAAUGGUUGUCAGCAUAUUUGAGAAUCAAACUCUAACCACGCAACUGAAAGAAAGUCAAUACGAUGUUUGCUUGACAGACCCGGGCUUCCCAGGUGGGGUUUUGCUGGCUCAUUAUCUGGACCUCCCAACGGUCUUCAACGUGCGCUGGCUUUUUAACGGCGAGGGACACUUUGCCAUUGCGCCGUCACCUCUGUCCUACAUACCGCAACUCUUCUCCAAUUAUUCGGACAAGAUGGACUUCACCCAAAGGGUCAACAACGUCAUCUAUCACGGCGCUCUGGUUUACAUGCACCACUUUGUGUCCAAUCCGCCUUACCGGGCCGUGUGUGAGCGAUAUUUCGGCGGUGACGUCAACGUCAUGUCUCUCAUACAGGGCGCCGAUCUUUGGCUGAUGAGGGUGGACUUUACCUUCGAGCUCCCCCGUCCCACCAUGCCCAACGUGGUCUACAUCGGAGGGUUUCAAGGGAAGCCCUCAAAGCCUCUCCCGGCGGAUUUGGAGGACUUUGUGCAGAGUUCUGGGGAGCACGGAGUGGUGGUCAUGACUUUAGGAACGCUGCUAGGCGACCUUGGACCGGAGAUCUCACAGAUCAUCGCUUCUGCUUUCGCUAGGAUUCCUCAAAAAGUCGUUUGGAGACAUAUUGGGGAGCGACCCGCCACUCUGGGGAACAACACUCUAUUAGUGGACUGGUUACCCCAGAACGACCUCUUAGGUCAUCCCAAGACCAAAGUCUUUGUAACACACGGAGGCACCAACGGCAUAUACGAGGCCAUCUACCACGGGGUCCCCAUUUUAGGGAUUCCGCUCAUCUUUGACCAGCAUGACAACAUGGUGCGAGUAAAAACCCGCGGCGUUGGCGAGUUUGUAGACGUGACGGCGCUAGAUGUGGAAUCUUUCACCGCUUCCCUCAGAAACAUUCUAGAUCCCCGGAAGUCCUACAAGCAGGACAUGAUGAAACUUUCCCAACUUCACCAUGACAAACCCAUGAAACCCAUGGACACCGCUAUCUUCUGGGUAGAGUACGUCAUGAGGCAUAGAGGUGCGCCACAUUUGCGCACAGAGUCGUAUAAGUUGCCGUGGUACGUCUAUCACUCCCUGGAUGUUAUUGCUUUCCUUGCUCUUUUCAGUUUUCUGGUCGUCGCCUUCAUUUGGCUUUCCUUUAGAAUUCUCUGUAGGCACUUGAUGAAAGCUAAGAGUUACAUAUUCAAAUCUAAGAGUGAGUAGAAUGAAAAACAGUUGAAAUUUGGUCUUCGGAAGGCCUCCUCAGGGGCGCCGUAUAGGGGUGAAAAGUGAGACUGAUUCUAAGGGCCCAUGCCCUGAUGCGGGCCCACAAAGAAAAUUAGAACAUUAGGUAAUCGUUUGCAAAUUUAAAUAUUAAUCAUUAUCAUUUUAAUAGGAAUCAAAUGAAGGGUUUCGUUUUCUUGUUUUGUUUUUGGCAAAAAGUAAACACCCAGAGCGCAUAUUUAUUGCCAGGCCCCUCCCCCCCAAAUUUUCAUUAAAUGGUUGGGUCCGCCCUUCCUUCAAUCAGACCGGGAGCAUCGCGGUGCGCAUUUACUUUUACACUAGGGGUGCGCGAUAUCCAUUUUUUGAAACCGAUAUCGAUAAUUUCCUGCUCCUCAAAGCCGAUACCGAUAUCGAUAACCAAUAAUAAAUAUAUAUAUUUUUAAAUGUAUAACCUGAGUUUUUGAACACCUGGAGGUUAAAAAAAAACUAGUGGUGGAUUCAACAUAGAUUUGCUUUUGAUCUCACCAGAUUUUUCAUAUUGACAUGAACAAAACAGUGCGUUUCACUUAUACACUGCCUGACAGCCAGUUAAAAAUGAAUGCACUUCCAUAAACCACAAGGCUUGGUCUUUUCUUGCUUUUAUGGGAAGACACUCGUCUUAAUAAUGUGAAAGUACAACAGAAAAAUACACAUAUUCAAUACUCAAUAUCCAACAAACUGCACAAUACACUUAUAUACACAACUAUUAUAUGUAUAGCAUAGCAUACUAGCUUGAGCUACUAAAGCAUUGGCUGGCUUCUAUAACACGACAACUCAUUAAGUUCUGUACAUAUGAACCUUCACCACAGAAGUAAACAUAUGGUGCACAUCCAUAUGUUAUAGUAAACAUAAAAUACUUACAGACAUAUUUCCGAGGCGGAAACGUAACAGAAAGCAUUCAUGAUUGUCAAUGCGACCGCUAGACACCGCAAUGUGUAUGUGAAUGAGCUUGUAAUGUGAACAAAACUACAGUGACAAAAAAUAGAUGCAACGAAUUAUUCUGACCAGCAGGUGGGAGCUGCUUUCCUAUACUAGUGUGUAAAGUCACUGUAAACUGUAAAGCCAGCACAAUACAUAUUAUCGGUCCUAUUAAUAAUGUUAUUGGAUUUAUCGGGAUGACGUCAUAAUUCCCAUAUCGGACCGAUAAUUAUCGCACCAAUAAUUAUCGUGCACCAGUAUUUUACACCACUCAAUGACUCAAAUUGCGCGCAGCGCAGUACUGCAGAACUGCAGUACUGUUUUCAAAACAAAAAUCGGGUUUUCAAAAGAGGAAAGAAAAGAAAGCAAAACAGGAGAUGGGUAGAAAAGUCCAACGGGAUUUGACAAAGUACUUCACAAAGGAAGGUUGGUGUCUUGUGUCAGUGUAGUGCUGAAAAUUAACCUGUUAUUUUAGCUCCGAAGCGAGGUCCCAGCUCACUCCGUAAGAAAUACGGGAUUUUCCCGGCCUCAAUGAGCGACAUGCCCCUAUUAAAAAACAUGAAUUCCAAAUAAUGACGGCAUUUUUUUGUAUCCUACAGAUGUUGAAAGUUGGUGUGGAAAUUUUCUUUUUUAAAUUUGGCUUGAAUCCACUUGGUCAAGAAUUUAUUGAAUUUAGUUUGUCAUCAAUUGAAUUUAGUUUGUUAACAAGGGACCUCGCUUCGGAGCUGUAGCCUAUAGGGGAGAUUGCGAGUUUCCAGAUGAGGCUAAGCUAGGGUGACCAUAUUUUGAUUUCCAAAAAAGAGGACACUCGGCCCGGCCUUGAGAUACUUGAAUUUUACUCGCAGUUCACUCAAAGAUGCUUAUAUCACUUUAAUAUAUUUAAUGUGUGCCUCCUUAGUCUGGACAGAAUUUUUUUUUUUUUUUUAAAUGUCAUAUAGUAUAUAUUAUAUACUAUAUGGAAAUAGGUUUUUUACUUAGCAGGCUUUAUUCUCAUAAAACAUAAAAAAAAAAAAAAUAGCAUGCAGACCCGUAGAAAUAUAGUACAGUCAAUACAGACACACAGUAGGCUUGUGCCACAUAAAUUUUAUAAAUUACUAUCAUGACAAUUGUCUUUGAGAAAUUGUUACUCCCACUCAAUUUUUAUUCCCAUUCAAUGUUCUAGAUUACACGCAAACAAUAACCAAAAUAAACUGACAAACUAUUCAACCAGCAUGUUUCCAAACGCAGCAGUUCAAAACUACGUUUCCCAUAAUGCCUAGCGCGGAUUAGCUCACUGAUAGCUACCCUAUUAGCGAGGCAAAAUCAAACUUUGCUAUCUAAGUUUACUACAAUCAUCGGUAGCGCAACGAUUUGACACCAAACGAGAUUUUACAGAACACGCCAGUACAAAGCUCCGACAGAAGUCAACAGUUGCCAUUAUAUACGUAUUCAUCUUUAAAAAAAAAACUCUUAACUACUGGGCUACUGGGCAACUAGGCUACUUAAAAUAUAAUAGUAACAUUAAACCAAAUACACUAACGCAGAACAAUUAAUACAAGACUAAUACAACAUACUGCAUUUCUUUGUACCCAUAUAAUGUAUAAUGUAUAACAGAAGACACAUGAGCCACAUUAACAGAAGAUAAAUUUACAGAAAGGUGUACGGAGCACGAUAAACGUCUCUUAAAACUACUCCUUAUUGUAGUCUGUAACUGCCUCUUCUCUUGCCAAACCGUCAACCCAGUAGAUGGCGGUAGUGGCCCAUAAUACAAGGGGUAAAAUGUACUCCUUCUCCCGCACCUACUAGUAGGAGCCACGACAACGCAGGCAAGCGCUGCCCCCCAGCGGCCGGAGAUAUUGUCUUCAAAUUGGUCCUGUGAAAAAUCAUAAAAAAUGGACAUUUUCAUGGAUUUAUAAAACCCGGCCGGAUGACGAGGACAAGACGUGAAAGGUGGACAUGUCCGGGCAAAAGAGGACGUUUGGUCACCCUAGGCUAAGCCUACUCCAUAAUGAAAUACUGUAAUUGUUUGCUAGCUAGUGUUUGCUCCACUUUUAGCUUACAUUUAAUCCUGAGCAAUCUCUUCAUACUAAUACACUUGUAUACUGUAUACUGUCGUAUAGUUAAGUUCAAACAAAACAUUUAUU